AUGGGGGACCUAGGCCUGGGCAGGGAGUUCCACACAUGGCACCAGUUCAGCAUGUUCUUCGACGACUGGUGUGAAAAGCAUAAGGUGCUGUUCAUCAUUGCCAACCAGAAGCCCCUGAUCUCCCUGCCCCAGGACCCACCAUAUUAUCAGCCCAGCCUAGCCGAGAGGCUCCGCUUCCGUUUUGUGCGUCUCAUCUGCAAACACAGCAGGACCUAUGUAGGGCAAAGCACAGUGCAACGCAACUGCCUCAGUGAGAAGAGCGACUGUCCUGCCACCAUCACACUGCGCCUUGACCCCAAGAAGGACCGCCUGGUAGUGAUCGAGGCCAACUUGGAGCACAACCACUGCUUGUCAGAGCUCGAGUUUGCCCACCACUUCAAGCGGCACCAGCUGAGGGCCAACCUGGGGCUGCCCAUCCGCAUCACCAACAGCAUUUCCAAGCGCUUCCUGGCACCAGAACUGAUCUGUGAUCUGGAGGACUACAGCAAAGCCAGAGACAAGGGCAUGUGUGAACUCCUGGCCAUUCUGGAUGGACUGUUCAAGGCCGACGUGGGUGCCAAAGUCAAACUGGUGUUCCAGGAGGACGUGGCUGUCCUCAAUAGCAUCUUCCUUGCCACCUCACACAUGCGUGAGCUGGUGCACCGCUUCCCUGCCCACCUCUUCCUGGAGCGGGCUGCUUGCCUGGACGCAGACUUUGAGCUGUAUACAGUGCUGUGCCAAGAUGCCAAUGGGCGUGGACGGGAGGUGGCCUAUUGCCUAGCCCGCCAGGGUCUGCCUGAUCUCCUCAUCUUCAUUGUGGCUUCCCUGGUGCAGAGUGCCCCAGACAUCAAGUUGCAGGUGAAGGUGGUCACGGUCGGGGCCAGUGUGACAGGGCUGGAUGCAGUGGAGGAGGUGCUGCCAUGUGCCCGGGUGCAGAUUUGCCGCCUGCAGGUCCUGGAGGCCCUCUACCGCAAGGCCUGUGAACUCCGCGUGCCCAAGGAAGACCAGAUCCGCAACCUGCUGCUCAACCUGGCCAAUGCCAAUUCGCCGCAUGUCUACAGCCAGUACCUGAGUGACCUGGAGGAUGUGGCCCCACUCCCCUUCCUGCAGUAUUUCCUAGAGCGUUGGCACUCGCAGAAAGGCAUGUGGGUAGAGUGCUGGGCCUUUGAGAAGAACCGAGAGUGUUCUUUCCUUGAUCAUCUCAGCAUGCAUCGCUGUAAGCUGCUGACGGUGCUCAGCCCCCCGAUGGCUCUGGCAGCCUGUGUCCAGGGCCUUCUGGAUCUGCAGGCCCUGCAUGUGGAGACAUCAAUGCUCCAUGUGGCCCCUGUGGCUGAGCUGUACCAUGCUGCCUGUCUGCCAGACACUGCUGACCUGGUAGCAGAGGAACUGGACCUGGUGCCCCAUGCACACUAUGAGCUUAAGGAAGCAUCUGAUGGCUACCUGCUGGAAGAAAGCACCUGCUCUUUCCUGGUGAGCCAGGACCUGGGCACUUGCAGCUGCUCCAUCUACUUGGCUCACCAGCUGCCUUGCCGUCACAUCUUCGCUGUACGCCUCUGGGUCGGGGAACCUCUUUUUGACCCCAGCCUGCUGCCCAGCAGGCUUCAAGACAUCACGGGAGAAGAGGAAUGCUAGCUGUUGUACCCAUUGCCAGGCCAGGAACAUAUUGUGUGCAUCAAAUGCCAGUCCACACAACCUGGUGACCUGAUACAUAAUUGCUGGUUUCAUUGUACUUUGGGUAAAAGCAAACUAGUUCAGAGCACUAGACUGACUGCUGACCUAUCAUGGGGGCCAACUGAAAGUGCCCAAUCCAAGGAUGGAUGGGUGCAAAAAAAAAAAAAAAGAAAGAAAUCACACAGGUACUGUUAUCCGCUAGAACUGGGUAAUUUUGAAGAUCCACCACUAUUUUAAAGAAAAGAGAGCAGAGGCAGGCACAGUUAAAGGGCAGUUUAAAGGCCCCACUCUGUCAGAAGGUCCAGAUACAUGGAGGAAACUGCUGUAGGAUGUUCGACUCGGAUGCUCAUUUGUUCUGCAAGUCCAAGCACAACAUUCUUUAACCAGGAAAGCAGAUUCUGACCAUUUCCCUUCUGCUGCCCUGUAAAAGAAAAUCAAAAUUCUACACCAAGGUAGCUCAAAUUUUCUUGUGAAACUCAAUUCUGUACAUAUCAUGCCAUUCAAUCCUAUGAAACACUGCCAAGGAUCAGGCUAUUAAGCAUACUAGGUUAUUUCAUGCAUUGGUUUGUUUCUACUAGUUAUGGGAAAGAGUACAAAGCCGAGCAGGGCACUGGAGACUUGUGACCACUUGCAAUCCUACUUAAGCAAUCCUUUCCCCUUGUUUUACGAGACUUCUCCCAGGAAAUGCCCACAGUAUUACAGAUGCUGAUUUUGAUGCUUCAUGCAGUUUUAGUAGCUCAGUCAGCUCUAGAAAGAAGCAAUGUGCCUGAAUGCACAAAAUGAAAACAAUGCCAUUCUGUUACCUGAUCAAAUAUACCCACUGAUUUGAACUUUAU